AUGAGACGGUACGUAAGUUUACUCGCAGUUUUCGUCUGCUUAGCAGAUAUUUUCGUAAAGGGGAUCAAUGAUGGACUCUACGAUGAAAGCAUAGAACGAUACAGCUCAUCCACAGUAGGUCUUUUAAAGCUACUUAAUGUGGAACAACAGUUUGCCGACAGCCUCAUAAGAUUUGCAAAGCAACAAGGAAAAAAAGUACCAGCACUUGGCGCUUACUUAUCUGCAGUGGAUUAUAAAUUAAAUAGCAGCCCCAGAGAAAAAGUGGAAUAUGUUUCUAAUCCAUUGAACGCCCUUUCACUUUUGAGACGCACCCAUGAGGAUUUGCCAAAGUGGCACGCUUAUUUUAAGAAAGCAAUAGGAAUAAACUUCGAAUCUCUGGAUAAGCUUGUUGAAAAAGUUCCAAGUCUUGUGGAUUUAAUGUCGGCAAUGAAAGGAAUUAAGCGAAUCGCAAACAUAUAUGACUUAAGGAUCGAUGAUUUGGCAGAAGGUCUUCUGCACGGCAAGCAAUACAAUAUUCGAAUGACCUAUCGCGACCUCAUAGCCAUGGGAAAUCUAAUGUUCCAACAACGUGACUACCAAGCAGCAGCCAAAUGGUAUCGUAUUGCUUACAAACGAGAACUUGAAGAUAGGUAUGAGUUAUUCAAUGAGAUUCUGGGCAAUCCAUCUGAAAACCUCUAUCGCCAAUACAUCAAAUCAUUGUUCGUAUAUGAAAGUUAUAAAUCAAAUCCUUUACACUCGGUUGAAGAAGCUUUAAUUGCGGUGGAGAACUCUAUGGCAGACAUUAGUCAAGAAGAAUUGUAUAAAUUAAUGUCAAACUUGAAUAGCCCCGAGAACGAUGUUGAAUUAGAAAGGGGACUGUAUCAGACAAAAACCCCUGCUUCAAAAUUUGAAAUCGGAUGUCGAGGACUGUAUCGCAGGAAACCAAAACUAGUGUGUCGCUACAAAUUUAACACCACCCCGUUUUUAAGAUUGGCGCCUAUGAAAUUCGAGGAAAUCAACAUAAACCCAUAUAUCGGAAUGUAUCACAACGUACUUUACGAUUCAGAAAUUGAGGUACUUAAAGAGCAAUCGACGAAUAUGGCUAACGGCUAUGCGGACAAAAGAAAUGACUCAGAAAUCCGAGAUACAGUGGCCCGACAUGCCUGGUGGACUGACACCUCUGCAAUCCGGGAACGCAUCAAUCGUCGCAUUGAGGAUAUGACAGGAUUCAAUUUCUCGAAAACGGAAAUGUUGCAAGUCGCAAACUAUGGCGUUGGCUCAUAUUUCCAACCGCACUUUGAUUACACCUCCGAUGGAUUUGAAACUCCUGAUGUUUCUGCAUUGGGAGAUCGCUUGGCCAGCAUUCUUUUUUAUGCUAGCGAUGUGCCGCAGGGUGGUGCCACAGUUUUUCCAGAAAUCAAAGUCACGGUCUUCCCACGAAAAGGAAGCAGUUUGUACUGGUUCAAUUUGUUCGAUGACGGUAGGCCUGAUAUAAGAAGCCAGCACUCAGUGUGUCCAGUCAUAAAUGGAGAUAGAUGGACUCUUACGAAGUGGAUCCAUUUGUUACCUCAAAUGUUUAUCAUGCCCUGCAAGUCGUAAGAGACGACUAUUGUCUGUAAUUCAGAAACUUAAGCCUUAAAGGCAGAAAAUCAAGUCGAAACCGUCUAAGUU